AUGCAGUUGUACAUAAAUGAACACAUUAAGUAUAUCAAAUCAUUAGAUAAGAAGCAACAGGAUUAUGAAUAUUGGCUUACAGAGCACUUGAGAUUAAAUGGCAUUUAUUGGGGGUUGACAGCUCUAUGCUGUUUGGAUGCAAGCGAUGUGUUUGACAGGGAUGAAGUUAUUGAAUUUGUGAAGAGCUGCUGGGACUCAGAAACAGGUGGCUUUAGUGCAUAUAAAGACCAUGAUGCACACCUAGUUACCACUUUGUCAGCGCUUCAAAUAUUAGCUACCUAUGAUGCAUUGCACGAACUAUCAGAUACAGAGGUGGAUGCGUGCGUAGAGUUUAUUAAGGGAAACCAAUUGGCGGACGGUUCUUUCCAAGGCGACCGGUUUGGAGAAGUCGAUACCAGGUUCAGCUAUACAGCUUUGAGCUCUUUAUCAAUUCUAGGAAGGCUCACUCCAGAAGUUGUAGAUCCUGCAGUUGAAUUUAUUAAGCGUUGCUACAAUUUUGAUGGGGGGUUUGGUCUAUGUCCAGGGGCAGAAAGUCAUGCUGCUCAGGCGUUUACAUGCGUUGGUGCACUAGCUAUUGUCAACAGACUAUCUGAUUUGACUGAAGAACAGAUAACUACUAUUGCUUGUUGGCUAUGCGAAAGACAGGUUCCUGAAGGCGGGCUAAAUGGCAGACCUAACAAACUGCCCGACGUUUGCUACAGUUGGUGGGUUUUAUCAACUUUAGCUAUAAUAGAUAGAUUAGACUGGGUUGAUCACGGUGAACUUCGUAAAUUCAUCUUAAAAUCUCAGGAUCCUAAGGAGGGUGGUAUUAGUGAUCGACCUGAUAAUGAGGUGGACGUCUUUCAUACAUUAUUUGGUCUUGCAGGGUUAAGUUUAAUGGGAUUUGAUGGGUUAAUUCCUUUAGACCCAGUCUACUGUAUGCCACUCAGCGUUACUACGAAAUUUCGGAAAUACCCCUAUAUAUAA